UCCAGCCUUCUAGAAGAACCAUGCCUCCUGCAGCUUUGGGAGGCACCCGAUGUGCCAGGCACACGCCGCUGCACGGGAGGAGAUGCCGUUUGAAUUCUCCGUGAAUGUUGGGAGGAGGAAUGCCCGAGCUGCCGGUAGAAAAGUAUCCAAACGAGAAAUACGUGGGCUGGGGACCCUGAAUCACCUCGUGAGAAUUGCUGCUCUUUGUUUCCUCUGUCUUAUCUCGUGACUAGUUUGUAGUUUGGUUAUCUCAGUUGGAAGUCCGGCCCGGAACCCUAUCUGCCAAGGCCAGAAGUAACCGUUUCCAGUUAAUACAGACCUGUGUGUUGACUCUGCUCCCCGUGGGUGAUCCACGAUUGUUGUGGGAGUGAGUCCCUCCCCCCCCCCCGCCCCCCCACUGCCUCUGGGGGAUGCUUGUUCCAGUAGCAUUGUCAGCAGAUUCUUUUGGGUACAUUCUGUAUCAGUAUCUACCGGGGUUUAUAUUCAACACCAGGAUGGACUUCUUGGUUCUCUUCUUGUUCUACCUGGCUUUGGUGCUCAUUGGUGUUGUUAUGAUAUGCAUCUGCUCAAAAACCCAUUACCUGAAAGGCCUGGUCAGAGGGGGAGCACAGAUAAUUUCCUAUAUAAUUCCAGAAUGCCUUCAGAGAGCAGUGCUAAAAUUGCUUCAUUAUCUCUUCCAUACACGAAACCACACCUUCAUUCUCCUGCAUCUCAUCUUGCAAGGGAUGGUUUACAGUGAAUACACCUGGGAAAUAUUUGACUACUGUCAAGAGCUGGAGUUCUCCUUGCAUUACCUUCUUCUGCCCUAUCUGCUGCUGAUUGUAAACCUCGUGUUUUUCAUUCUCAGCUGUGUGAGCAACCCUGGUACCAUAACAAAAGCAAACGAGUUAUUGUUUCUUCAAGUUUAUGAAUUCGAUGAAGUGAUGUUCUCAAAGAAUAUGAAGUGCUCGACUUGCAAUUUAAGGAAACCGGCGCGAUCCAAGCACUGCAGUGUGUGUAACAGGUGUGUGCACCGCUUUGACCAUCACUGUGUUUGGGUGAACAACUGUAUCGGGGCCUGGAACGCCAGGUACUUCCUCCUCUACCUCUUGACAUUGACGGCCUCCGCUGCCACCAUGGCCGUCGUGAGCUCUGUGUUUUUGGUCCAGUUGGUGGUGGUGUCCGACUUGUAUCUGGAGACUUACGUUGAUGACCUUGGACACUUCCAGGUUAUUGACAUUGUCUUUCUUAUUCAGUACCUGUUCCUGACCUUCCCAAGGAUUGUCUUCAUGCUGGGCUUUGUCAUCAUGCUGAGCUUCCUCCUGGGGGGCUACCUGUGCUUUACUUUGUACCUGGCUGCCACCAACCAGACCACUAACGAGUGGUACAGAGGUGACCGGGCCUGGUGUCAGCAUUGCCCCCACGUGGCCCGGCCGCCAUCGGCAGAGCCCCGGGUCCACCGGAACAUUCACUCCCAUGGGCUUUGGAGCAACCUCAGGGAGAUCUUCCUACCUGCCACUGCACAUUAUGAGAGAAAGAAGAACUAAGAAUGGGAAGUGUUACUGCCACUUAAAUAUAGUAUACGUUUAUUUAUACAUAUAGCUACUUUCUAAGCA